AUGACAACCAUUAUGACUAUAGUGGACAGGUUUUCUAAAGCCUGUCAUCUGAUUCCUCUUAGGAGAUUGCCAUCAGCCCUCCAGACCGCACAGCUCUUGAGAGGUUCAACCAAGAGCUGGAGGCGGCGCUCCGUUGUGUUGCAUCCUCCGACCCCGUCGAGUGGAGCACCUACCUGUCUUGGGUUGAGUACUCGCAUAACUCGCACGUCUCAGCAGCAACUGUUUGAGGUCUCCCUGGGUUAUCAACCGUCCGAUGAGAGGGAAAUCACGGUGACGUCUGCGCGUCAACACAUCCGCAGGAACAAGCGCAUCUGGAACGCAGCUACAAAGGCGCUGCAUCGGACGGCAGCUCAGAACAAGCGUUUCGCCGACAGGCGCAGCGUCUCGGCCCUGACCUACCAUCCGGGUCAGCAGGUGUGGCUCUCCACACGGGAUGUCCCUCUCAAGUCCCUCUCCCGAAAAUUAUCUCCCAGGUUCAUCGGUCCUUACUCCAUCGAGUCCCUGGUUGGGCCUGCCUCAGUUCGACUUCGUUUGCCUGUCAGUUUCCGGAUUCAUCCGGUUUUUCACGUCUCCCAAAUUAAGCCGGUCCAGACCAGGACACUUUGCCCCCCAGCUGUGCCUCCGCCAGCGCCCCGGGACUUCCAGGGCCACCCAGCCUAUUCGGUCCACCGGAUUGUGGCCUCCCGUCGACGGGGCCGAGGAUGGCAGUACCUCGUUGACUGGGAAGGAUACGGUCCAGAAGAUCGCUCCUGGGUCCCGCGAUCCUUCAUCCUGGACCCGAUGCUCGUCCGGGACUACUGGGACUCCCAGGCCGGAUCUUCAAGACCGCCGAGUGGCGGUCGUUGAGGUGGAGGUAGUGUCACAGUCUGUUGUUCAACUUGCCUGCUACUAACGUUCUCUCACCCCAAAGAGGCGCUGGAGCUGCAGACCAGAGUUUUUGUAUGUCGUUGCUUCAUCAGCUGGAGGACUAUAUGAGGGUGGUUCACUGGCUUUUCUACGCCUGAGUGUUUUGCCUACCGUGGCUGUUCACGCCAAGCUGGGUUUCCCCCUCCUGAACUCACCUCCUGUCAAGAUUGGAAUCUGCUGCAUCUGGCAGCUGCCCUUGCGAGUCCUCCAGCUGAAAGCGCAACCAGUCCACCCACCUUGCUACCUGGAACAUCAGAGCGCUCCAACCGUUUCCGCGCAGGCUCACACCCCAGACUUGAACCGGCUCUUUCCCCCUGGCGGAUCGAUCGCCUCCUGAAAACCUGACUCCUGAUCACUCUGCUCACCUCGUUCCUGAGACUGAAAAGAAAUAAAAACUUUAAAUUUA